AUCUCAUUAUUCCUCCUCAUAAAUGAACUCAAUUGAGCGCAUGAGUUUGUAAUGCGAUCCAAGUUAGGUUGAUGAGUUGGUGUUGGGUUGAGUGGCGUGACUAUUGUCAGUGUUGUUGUGAGUGAGUGAGUGAGGAGCCUUCAGCCUCUCUCAUUAACACGCUCCUCAUUAACGCCACACACCUUCCUCACCCUUGGGAUGGCCACCAUCCUCUCACAGUAUAGUACAACCGGGUUCUACAAUGCACCUGUAAGCAAAGGCUUGAUGGGAUGUAUGUUUCUAACUUGUACUGCUCUGAACGUCCCACUAUUGGCGCACCUCAGGAAAUAUCUCAUAUGCAAGCUUCCAGAUGUCUUUUUAAAAGGGGAGAUAUGGCGAAUAGCAUCUGCAAAAAUAUCUUUUGUUGAUACAAAGGAUCUUGUGUGUGGCUCGUUAUUAAUUUAUUAUUUCAGAGUGUUUGAGCGUCGAUAUGGCUCCCACAAGUUUGCAUCAUGCCUGGUUGCCUCACAGGUCCUUACAACAGUGUUGGAGGUCUUGACCAUACUAACUCUACAGUGGUUUUCAGUAGACCUGCACUCAGGCGGAUAUCUUCCCCCAGGACCAUACGGUGUUAUAUUUCCAUUGUUUGUAAACUAUCUGUUUGAUAUUCCACGCGUAGCCCAAACCAGUGUGUUAGGUAUCCCAAUCACUGGGAAAACUCUGACAUAUUUAUUGGGAUUGCAAGUCUGUUCCACAUCAGCUGCAACAGCAAUAUCAGCUUUUUCAGGCAUUAUAGCAGGAAUUUUCUAUCGCUACAACAUACUAUAUAUACAGCAAGUGCCAUGGGUGCCAGGGUGGCUAGCUCGUGGCGCAAGUGCAACUCUUGCUCGUCUCUUAGCGUCCUCUCCUCCACCUGAGGCUCCAGCUGGUGCUACGUUAGAGUUACAGCGGCAAGAGCAAAUUGAGAUGUGGGAGCAACAGAUGAUGAUGAACAGAGCAAGAGAAAUGAGGAAUAGACCAGGGGCUAAUGGUGCUGUACAUCCUUUCAUGCAAAACUUCCUUGGUAGAAGACAAAACAAUCCAGGUCAUCCUCCAGCACCCCCGACAGAAGAGCAGGUUCAGACGUUGGUGGAGAUGGGAUUUGAUCGGCAGAGAGUGAUAAACGCACUUCAGACAUGCAAUAAUGAUGUAAACACAGCCACACACCUGCUUCUACAAGAGACAUGAUAAAUGUCAUCUUGUAGUACUAGUUAUCGGUAAAUGUGAUAGGGUCCAUAAUAAAGGCAAGUGUGCAUUUAUAUACAGUCCUAACAAAUUCCACAGCAAUCAAAGAACUGAUUAACUCUAGUCUUAAUUAUACAGGAUAUAAUAUUUUGGACAUUUAUAAAGUAUUUAAAGAUUAUCCUUGUAUACAAGUGUUUGGUGAUACCGAAUGUAGUCACGGAUGAUCAGGGUUAGGGUUGGUCGUUGUCCAGUUAAUAACAAAGAUAUUGCUGUUCGACUUUUAUAAUGUUAUAAUAGCCAUUGAGAGGUCUAUACAAUUUUAAUAUUUGAAAAGUAAUUACAGUAUUGAUGUGUAUAACUGUAUUGAAAAUUUCAGUGUAAUGUAAUCUCUCUCUGUAAAUUAUUGAACUGGAAAUUAUGAUGCUCAUAAUUGUCCAUUAAUGGAUAUAGUUAUGCUAGUCAGAGCAUUGUUUGCAGUAUAGUGUUGGGGAUAGCAGUGGAAAAUCAGAUUGAGUAUUUAGCAGUUUAUACAGCAGUUCUAUAAAUGAUGCAAUUUAGAGGGGUAUCCCAUUUUUUCUAUUUGAUGGGGAAGACACAUUAAAGAGGGCUUAUUAUCAGCAGAGUAUAUGUACAUUUCUGGCCUUGUAUACAACCAAACAUACGUAUUCAUAUUUAGUGCUUUUUCAAAAUUACAUGUCCUGUUUAUGCAAAUUUUAUUUUUAUCAGUAUGAAAAUACUGCAAGAAAUUUUUGUGAUGUCCAGAAUAUAACUUUUUGUUCACGAAUGAUAUUUACCUACAUAAAGUCAUUGAGCAUAUGUUCGCUGCAGCUCUUCCUUGUAUACUGUGGUAUUAUUAUUGAUCCUUUGGAGGUUGAAACUAUGUUAAUGUUAAGGGCAUGACUAAAAGCAAUAUUAACUUGCCAAAUACUCUCAAGCACAAGGUAUUCUAAGUCCCCAUAUCUAACAUUACGUUGUAUCUGACGGCAUUUGCUAGUACAGUAACUUCAUUACCAAUAAAUAUUCGUAUACAGAAUGAGCACACUCAAUCAAAAUGUGUGCUACAUACAUGCAGAUAACAAGGUUAUUUGGUUAAGGCAAGUCAUGUUUUCUAUGCCCAUUGUGGACAGUAGGUAGAAAAAAAUAUUUUGACUUUGUAGAGAUGAUUGGAACAGUAACUUGAGGACCCCUUUCAGACACUCGCUCUCCAUCUCAGACAUCUCGUCUCUCUUCCUCCCACACAUCUCGUGUUUUUUCCUCCCAUACAUCACAUCUCUUCCUCCCAUGCAUCACAUCUCUCUACCUCCUGCACAUCACAUCUCUUCCUGCCACACAUCUCAUCUCUCUUCCUCCCACGCAUCACAUCUCCCUUCCUCCCACACAUCUCGUCUCCCUUCCUCCCACGCAUCACAUCUCUCUCCCUCCCAGACAUCUUCCUCUCCCUCCCAGACUGCACCCCUCUCUCCUUUCCAGACAGCUCUCCCUUUCCAAAAUAUCACCUAUGUCCAUCUCAGACCACCAACAAGCUGUUGUUCUAUCUAAACUAAUUUUCUAUAACUUUUAUGGACUAUCGAGUUUAUUUAAUUGUAUUUCUCGUUUGUGCCGGGAUUACUUGUAUACUUUCAACAGGUUCAUUUGGUUUGAACACUGAUUGUAAUGAUAAUGUUGUCAUCCACGACAGCAUAUGCCAAGUAAGUUGUGCACUCUGUGACGAGGCAAGGACUCCUCCCUCCGCACUCUGCCGUCACUCUUACAGACUGUGAGAGUGUCUCUCUCACACUCUCACUCACUCUAUUUUAUAGUUGAAUACAAUGAACAGCAGCCGCAUAUUGCUGUUCAGAUCUGAUGUAUAUUAUAUAUUUUGUUUGUCUUUCCUGGGAGAAAAUGAAGGCUCUAACAGUUGUGCAAGGUGAGGCUCUUCUUUCUGAGGGUUAGAGAACAUUACAUCUUCAUUCACUACAGAGUUAAGUGCAUGAUCAGGGCUGUGUAAUACACUAGAUACAUUUAUGUACACAAAAUUGUUGCCAUUAAUGUAUGUAAUAUAAUGUACAAUAUUACUGAAAAUAAUGCUAUUGUAUUAUUAUUGUAUUUAGUUUUCAUGGGUGUAAUAAUGUGAUACUCAAUAAUAGGUUUAGUUCUGUUUCCUCUUCAGUACACUACCUCAUUUUCUAUAUUUGUGUGAGAAAACUGUGCUUUGUUGAAGGUAAACAUGUAAGUUUCAAGUACUGUAUGUUUAUUUUUAUUUUCCAAUAAAACCACAAUUGAAAAGACGGUUGAAGUUCAUAUAAUUCAUUACGAUAGAAAGCCAGUUGAGUCUGCCAAGUAUUUUCAAAUUUUCUGAAAAGUUUAUCAUAAUCUAAAUUCAAGGUAACUUUUUUCACUCUUCUGUGUCCAUUACAUGCCAUUUCUGUACAUUGAAAUUUGUCGCAUUCUUAUUUUCUUUACGUUUAAUGUAACUUAAUUCUUCUAGAAUUACUGGUGUUUUAUAGAAUUUUUUUUUUCUAUUUUAUUCAAAAUUUUUGCCUCUACUAUCAUAAUCAUGUCGAGCUGUAAUGUCUUCACCUUGGCAAGUGGUGAUUCUUGUGGGACGUUGUCACUUACUGCCUCGGGGGAGAUUUCUCAUUAUUGCUUGCAUUUUACCUUCAGACAAGUAAUGUCAUCAUCCUUUUUAGUAGUACUGUACAUGUGCGGUACUGUAUGCCUGUAACACAUUUGUUUUUGGCAACAAUAAUAAGAGGGUAACUUAA